GAGAGAGAGAGUUUAAACGGCUAAAACAAACUGCAUGGACACAAUGUCAGCAACACAUAAGCCAGAAGGUGAUUCACAGGAUCUGAGGAUCGUGCUGCUGGGAGUCUCCGGAGCUGGAAAGAGUUCAACAGCAAACGCAAUACUGGGUCGAGAGGCGUUUAAAGAGAGCAGAACCAGAGAGAGUGAGAAACAGAGAGGAAGAGUAGAAGACAGAAACAUCUCUAUCGUCGACACGCCAGGAUUCUUCAACACUCAGCUGACUGAUGAAGAGCUGCAGAGUGAAAUGAUGAGGAGUAUGUUCCUCGGUUAUCCUGGUCCUCACGUGUUCCUGCUCCUCAUCAACCUCGACACCUUCAGAGAGGAGCAGAGGAACAUUGUGGAGCAAAUUCAGGAGAACUUUAGAGCUCAAGCUUUAAAGUUCACCAUGGUGCUGUUUAUUGGAAGAGAAAAAAUGGCGACUAGACAAUGGAAUCUCUUAAUGAAAAGCAGAAAGUUUCAGAACCUUGUCAGUCACUGCAGAGGACAAUUUCAUGCACUCAACAGUAAAAACGACAUUAUUCCAACUCACAUCACAAAACUUCUAGAGAAGAUCGAUGAAAUCAUCAAAUGGAAUGAUGGCCAGCAUUAUGACAUUCACAAUUUCUUAAGAUAUCCAAUAAGACGCAGAAAAGAAAACAAGGAGCCGAUUCACAUGCAGAGUGUAAAGGAAAAGAGCACAAGAAAUGUUGUUACUGAAAAGAAAGAUUUUAUUUUGCAUGUGAGAACUCAAUUAUAUGAUGACAGAUGCUCUAGAGUUUCACAAGAAAACAAGAAUGAAGAAGAAGAAGAAGAGGCAACACAAUCAGAAAGCUGGAAAAUGAGCAGAAAAAGAAAAUGGGACCAGAAGGAGCAACAGACAGAGACAGAAAAACAUCUAACCCAAGCAGAGUCCAUACAGAGCAGCCACAUAAAACCUGGCAAGUGCACAGAUCUCAGGAUCGUGAUGGUGGGGAAAACUGGAGCUGGAAAGAGCGCAACAGGAAACACCAUCCUGGGACGAAAAGCGUUUAAAGAAGAAUUAUGCUCUGAAUCUGUGACUGAGAAAUGCCAACAACAUCAGCAGACCGUAAAAGGUCGAAUCAUCUCAGUGAUCGACACUCCAGGACUGUUUGAUACGUCAAUCAGCGAAGAACAGCUGAAGAAUGAACUAAUGAGAUGUGUAGAAAUAUCUGUUCCUGGUCCUCAUGUGUUUCUGCUGGUCAUCAGACUGGACGUGAGAUUCACAGAUGAGGAGAAAAACACAGUGAGAUGGAUUCAGGAGAACUUUGGAGAAGAUGCUGCACGUUACACCAUCAUCCUGUUCACUAGAGGAGAUCAGUUAAAAACAUCCAUAGAGGAGUUUCUGAGCAAAAACAAGCAGAUAAGAAAUCUAGUUGAACAAUGUAAAGGAGGUUAUCAUGUUUUUAUUAACACAGCUGAAGAAAAUCAAUCACAGGUCACUGAACUGCUGGAGAAGAUAGACAGAAUGGUGGUGGAGAACGGAGGAGAGCAUUACACAAAUGAGAUGUACAAGGAAGCUCAGAGGAAAAUAGAGGAAGAAGAGAAGAGGAGGAGAGAAGAAGAGGAAAGAAGUAGGCUGCUGAAUAAAGCUAAAGAUGCAGUCUUAAUGGGAACAGGUGUGGUAGUGGGUGCAGGAGCAGCAGUUGUAGUUAGUGGAGGGGCACUUAGUUCAGCUUUUAUCUCAGGAGCAGCAGUUGCAGGAUCUGCGGCUCUGGCCUCUGCUUUGCAAGGAGCGGCGCUAUCUGAAGCUGUAAUAGCAGGAGUAGUAGCUGCUGGAAAUGCAGCACUGAACUCUGCUUCUGGUGGUGGUAAUAGGAAGAAGGAGAAUGGAAUCACGUUUCAGUGA